AUGCACCACAGACAACCGGUCUUCGGCGAACGGAGACUCGACAACAUGAAGUUAUCGGUUGUGUUGAUAGCCUCAUUGGCCGUUGUGGCCUAUGCGAGCGAAGAGAAAGCUGCGCAGAAAGAGGCUGUAGCUGAAGAGAAGAAACAGGAUAAACGAGGAAUAUACGACACCGGCUCCUACGGUGGUAGUGGUAGUUACGAAUCAGGGGAUGGUGGCCACGGCUUUAGCGGAAGUGACGGUGGACACAGCUUCGGUGGUUUCGGGGGUCACGAAAGCGGCGGUUACGGACAAGGCGGUGGUUACGGACAAGGCGGUGGUUACGGACAAGGCGGAGGUUACAGCCUAGGUGGUGGUUACAGCCAAGGCGGCGGUUACAGCCUAGGUGGUGGUUCCGGCAGUUAUGGCGGUUCUGAAUACGGAGGAGGUUCCGGUGAUUCUUGGAAACCCAUCUCAAACGACCACGGUCAUCAUCACGUUAAAACAAUCGAAGUGAUUAAGAAGGUCCCAGUCCCUUACACCGUCGAGAAACACGUUCCAUACACCGUUGAAAAGAAAGUACCCUAUGAAGUUAAAGUGUACGUACCCCAACCCUACACUGUCGAAAAGAAGGUCCCUGUUACAGUUAAGGAAUACGUGAAAUACCCCGUCCAUGUUCCUGAACCCUACGUUGUCGAGAAGAAGGUGCCUUAUGAAGUGAAAGUCCCAGUCGACAGGCCCUUCGAAGUCAAGGUUAAAGUACCUACUCCUUACACCGUUGAAAAGAAAAUCCCUUAUGAAGUCCAGGUGCCCGUACCCCAACCCUACACUGUUGAAAAGAAGGUUCCUUAUACAGUCAAUUACGAAGUGAAAGUACCUCAGCCUUACGAAGUUGUCAAGAAGGUACCUUAUGAAGUCAAAGUACCCGUUGACAAACCUUACCAUGUUUACGUACCAAAACCUUACCCUGUACCAGUAGAGAAGCCCUACCCUGUAACAGUUCACAAACCUGUUCCCUACGAAGUCAAGGUUCCAGUAGACAGGCCUUACAAGGUUGAAGUUGAGAAACCUUACCCAGUCCCAAUUAAAGUGCCAAUUCCUAAGCCUUAUGAUGUGUACAAGAAGAUCCCUUACACUGUCGAGAAGAAGGUACCUUAUGAAGUUAAAGUGCCCAUUGACAAGCCUUACCCUGUAUACAAGGAAGUCCAAGUACCCUUAGUCAGGGAGGUACCUUACCCAGUCAAGGUCCAUGUUCCUAUUUACUUCAAGAAGGAACAGGAACACCACGGUCACGGCUGGAAUUGAUUUCAGCAUACCUAAUUUAGGUUUCUCACCAGUACCUUAUAGGCUAAGUUCGAAAUGUGAUCAACUAGUAUUCGUAGUGAAAUAAAUAUUAUUAAAAAUAUUGGAAUUGUGUUGCUGCAGGCUUCGGCCUGAUUUGUUGAAAAUGUUUGUGAUGUUAUUGAAAAUAUUUCGCCUAAUCUUUCCAAGUUUCACGUUUUUGUCGCAUAGCAUUGUUGUACAAUGCGCGAUUCAUUGAGUGUACGAUAUCUAUAGAUCGAUCUGUUAUUACUUGUUUAUCUCUAUGUAUAAUAUGCUUUGUUUUAUGUAAUUGUGAAAGGUCUCCUUUUGCAAGUA